CUGUAAGCCCCAUCCAAUCGCUGCAAAUUAAAUGGCAUUUUCGCCUUGGACUGCCGGCGUAGCUGCAGCGGCGAUCAUAAUCGCGGCGGCAAUCUGGCGGCGACUCCACUUCCGCCUCCCUCCCGGCCCCCGGCCAUGGCCGGUGGUCGGAAACCUCUACGACAUCAAACCGGUUCGAUUCCGAUGCUUCGCAGAGUGGGCUGCGAGAUAUGGUCCGAUCAUGUCGGUGUGGUUUGGGACGACGCUGAACGUGGUUGUGUCGAGCUCGGAGCUAGCAAGGGAAGUGCUCAAGGAGAAGGAUCAGAUGCUGGCCGAUCGUCCUCGGAGUAGAUCGGCGGCUCGAUUCAGCCGUAAUGGAACGGAUUUGAUUUGGGCGGAUUACGGACCGCAUUAUGUGAAAGUUAGGAAGGUCUGCAAUCUGGAGCUGUUCUCGCCGAAGCGGCUUGAGGCGUUGCGGCCGAUUAGGGAGGAUGAGGUUACUGCGAUGGUGGAAUCUAUUUUUCGGGAGACGACGCGAAAGGACAAGGUUGGGCAAAGCCUGGUGGUUAGGAACCACCUUUCAGGUGUGGCCUUCAACAACAUUACAAGGCUGGCAUUCGGAAAACGUUUUGUGAACUCCGAGGGCGUGUUGGAUGAGCAGGGCACAGAAUUUAAGGCCAUAGUGGCCAACGGUCUCAAAUUCGGCGCAUCUCUCUCUCUUGCCGAGUACAUUAACUGGAUCAGAUGGAUAAUUCCACUGGAUGAGGAGGCAUAUGCCAAGCACGGCGCUCGAAGGGAUCGCCUGACCAGAACCAUCAUGGAAGAGCACACGCGAGCACGUCAGAAAGAUGGCGCAAGGCUGCAUUUUGUGGAUGCGCUGCUCACUCUUCAGGAGAAGUAUGAUCUCAGUGAGAAUACUAUUAUCGGAUUACUUUGGGACAUGAUCACAGCCGGCAUGGACACCACCGUAAUCUCUGUCGAAUGGGCCAUGGCGGAGCUCAUCAAGAACCCCCGAGUCCAACACAAGCUACAAGACGAACUGGACCGCAUCAUCGGCACCGAUCGAAUCAUGACCGAAUCCGACUUCCCCAACCUCCCCUACCUCCAAUGCGUCGUCAAGGAAUCCCUCCGCCUCCACCCUCCCACCCCCCUCAUGCUCCCCCACAAAUCCACUGCCGACGUCAAGAUCGGCGGCUUCGACAUCCCCAAAGGCUCCAACAUUCACGUCAACGUCUGGGCCAUCGCCCGCGAUCCCGCCGCCUGGAACAACCCCCUCGAAUUCCUGCCGGAGAGGUUCCAGGAAGAGGACGUCGACAUCAGGGGACAUGAUUUUAGAGUUCUCCCCUUCGGCGCGGGACGAAGGGUCUGCCCCGGCGCGCAGCUGGGAAUAAAUCUUGUGCAGUCCAUGCUGGGGCAUCUGAUCCACCAUUUUGAGUGGUCGUUGCCGGAAGGGGUGAGGGCGGAGGAGGUGGAUAUGAGGGAGAAUCCGGGAAUGGUGACUUUCAUGCACACGCCGCUGAGGGCUGUGGCGACUCCCAGGCUUCCGGCUCAUUUGUAUCAACGGGUGCCUGUGGAUAUGUGAAGGCAAUGUCGUUCUUUUGUGUGAUUUCAAUGGGAGAGGGAGAGGAUGGAGUGGACGUGCGGAGUUUGUAUUGCUUGAAGUUUAAUUUGAAAUGAUUUUAGAAACUGUUUCUUACAGUGAAUGUGCAGGUUCAUACUGAAGCCAUACUUCUGUCUGAUGAGUUUAUUAGUAUCUU